AUGUUGAGCGUGUUGUGUUUUAAAGUUUUGAGGAAAAUGCAGAGACGGCAUAGCAGCAACACUGACAACGUUCCUCCUGAAAGAAACCGGAGCCAAACAGUCAGUUCUGAAACCAGCGUGGAUGAAAGUGGAGUUUUUGAAAGUCUGAAGGCUGAAGCUUCCUCACCACAACAGCUGUUCUCAGGCCUGGCAGGUAUCCCAUCGGGCACCAUCACAGCCACGCCGUUCCAGUCAGGUUUGGUUCUGGGCUCUAUCAUUCAGAUGCCAGCCCCAAGGGAGGAAGGGACCAGUCGUACAGAAGGAGCCCCAUUUCACCACCGGCAAUCGUCCCAUCACUUCCACCAUGGCCAUCACCGGGGUUCAUCUCUACUGCACAUGGCAGGAGGGGACCGCCAUGGGCAUGCUGAGGAAGGCAGCGACGAACAAGCUGGAACUCCAGCCCCAGCUCUUUCAGAGUUAAAAGCUGUGAUCGGUUGGCUGCAGAAGGGACUUCCCUUCAUCUUGAUCCUCCUGGCUAAAGUUUGUUUCCAGCAUAAGCUUGGGAUUGCUGUGUGCAUUGGUAUGGCCAGCACAUUCGCAUAUGCCAACUCAACACUCCGAGAACAGGUUGCUCUGAAGGAGAAGAGAUCAGUGUUGGUUGUCUUCUGGAUCCUGGCCUUUCUCACUGGAAACACCUUUUACUUGCUUUACACAUUCAGCUCUCAGCAGCUGUACAACAGCCUUAUAUUUCUGAAACCGAACCUUGAGAGGCUGGACUUCUUCGACCUGAUGUGGAUUGUGGGGAUCGCAGACUUCGUACUGAAGUACCUCACUAUCGCGUUGAAAUGCCUAAUUGUUGCCCUGCCUAAGAUCAUCCUAGCUGUCAAGUCAAAG